AUGGAACCAGCAGUGCAGUACAGAUACUCUGUACAGGAAUUUGACCGUAUGAUGUGGUUGCGGCUGAACUUCUUCGGACCUAAUCCAGCUGAGAAAUCCGUGAAGUUCGUGAGGAGUCUAGUAUUCAAGACUCUGCUGUACCGGGCAGAGGGUGACGGUCAGCUGCCACG